AUGCGCAGAUAUUCCAAAAAAGCUGUUGUUGUUGUCCAACACACUCUUAAAACCAGAGGGAGCGCGGAAUCUUUGCUAACAACUCUCCGUUUCGUGAACGCUGAACUGUUUGACCUUGUAGACCUGAGGUACUGCUCGACUCAAUUGAUGUCGAUAGGAAUUUCACGCGAGAUGCCAAGUCCAGUUCCAGAAAUAUGGAGCAGUGACGAAUGGAUGGAUUCUGUGCGAGCUCUUGCUGUAGAUCGAGAAGGUUUGGACAGAGCUGUGUUCGAGGACAACAGGAAAAAAUGUGGACAAGCGCAUCAAGCAAUAGUGUCAGCCCGCCGAUUAUGUCAGGUACGUCUAAUUCCCACUUUUACAUAUGUGGAGAAUACUAUAAAAAUUAGUCCUUCUCUUAACGAGUAG